AGUCACUUUCAAGCCGUCACCAUGGUCGAGUGGACAGAUGCCGAGCGCAGCGCCAUCACCACCUUGUGGUCCAACAUCGAUGUGGGGGAGAUCGGACCCCAGGCCCUGACCAGGCUUCUGAUUGUGUUCCCCUGGACCCAGAGGUACUUCGGAACCUUUGGAGACCUCUCCACCGCCUCCGCUAUCGCCGCAAACCCCAAAGUGGCCUCCCAUGGAAAAGUAGUGAUGGGUGGACUGGAAAUCGCCGUGAAGAACCUGGACAACAUCAAGAACGCCUACGCCAAGCUGAGUGUCAUGCACUCCGAGAAGCUCCAUGUGGAUCCUGACAACUUUAGGCUUCUGGCUGAGUGCAUCUCCGUGUGCGUGGCUGCCAAGUUUGGCCCCAGCGUGUUCACCGCUGGUUUCCAGGAGGCCUGGCAGAAGUUCCUGGCUGUGGUCGUCUCCGCCCUGGGCAGACAGUACCACUAA